GGAUUGCGCACCGGGAGCUUUCAGUUUCGUUCGGUUGCUCGUCGCGGAUGGACAAUUUCGUAAGAAUCCCUUUCAAUGGAGGAAGUUUAGGAGUGUGUGUGAACAGGAAGGUGUGAAGAUCUAGAAACAUUCAAUAAAUAGGAGUGCGAAAUAUUCUUAGCAGAGAAUAAAUUGUUCUAACGUGCGUGACAAUUGUGAUUAAUAGUGACUUGAAUACAUGAUGCAUUGUUUGAAUGUGUGUCUUACAGUGUUACAGUUCAAGUGAGCGGUGGAAUACAUUAAACCUAAGUGAAAGUGAAAACGUAACGAUCGUCGAAACAAAUACCCACAUACGAUUAGCAUAAUCCGCCCGAAAAAAAAGUGUGUUUCUGUCAAACAUACCGUUGUAACGCCUUCCAACACAUGCACGAUAAUAAGGUUGCACAAUGUUGUGGCUGCUGAUAAAGUGCACAUUCGCUGCAGUGUUUGUGCUACAAUCGAUCCAUUGUGAGGCAGAUCCACAGCUUAACCUUCCGCCUUUAGCACCACCGGGCACGGAAGGGCGUCGCCCGGUGACAUUUCCCAACGGGGAUGGUUCUCCAACGCGGGUACCAUUAGGUGUGGACGGUGUGGUCAGUGGCGAUGGGAGUAGUGUGCACGAUCGAAGUAGAAGCGAACGGUUUGGUCCUCCGUACGAUGGUGAUGAUGAUGAAGAGGAUGAGCGACCAAACUAUCCGGCACAGCCACAGGGUCGUGCGAAUAAUGAGUACGAUAGACGAGCUGGCCCGGACUCGCCUUACUCUUACAACGAUCGUAACAGGUACGGUGGCGAUCGUGGCUAUGAUCCUUCGCGCAAUUCAAAUCGCGAAAGGUAUCCGGGCGAUCGAAGCCCAAAUCCUUCCGUUUCUGACGUAGAUAAUCCACUGCUGUAUCGGGACGGUGGUGAUCGCAAUCGGAACGGAUAUGUAUCGGACGUAGAAAACCCUCUACUCUACCGCGAUCGCACACCGUACAAUCCGAACCGGGAUGAUGAUGAUCGUAACCGGUACAAUCCCAAUGCACGUCCGUAUAAUCCUAACGAUCCUAACUUCGGUGGACGUAACCCAGAUCCGAACUAUCGUGAGCCAGGAUUCCGUGAUCCCAACUACCGUGAUCAAGGUUUCCGAGAUCCCACUCAACGGUUCCCGGGUAAUGAUCCUGCGUAUCGCGAUCGUAACCGGUUUCCGGACGAUCCUAACUACCGUGAUCCUUACCGCAGCCCGGAAGAGGAACGGUUCCGCAUUGAGAACGAGCGACGGUUUCGGGCGGAAACGGAAAAGUUGCGAGCGUUCCUAACCGAGAUUGAUCGGAAAAGCUCGCUGGAGUGUUCGUUAAACGUGGCGGCCCAGUGGAACUUUGAGACAAACAUCAACGAUGCAACGCAGGUCGAAGCGCUUGCAGCUCAGCAGAGGUACAACGACUUCCAGCGCUUGCUGUGGGAUCAAAUGCGUCGCAUCGACCAGACGAAAAUAUUCGAUGACAAGCUCUACCGGCAGGUGCGUCUCAUGUCGAUCAUCGGUCCAAGUGCACUGCCACCAGAUCAGCUUGACAGGUACAAUAGAAUCGUCAACGAUAUGCUGGCCAUCUUUAACGGUGCCACCAUCUGUGCUUACGAGCAACCGUUCGAGUGUGGACUACGGCUGCAACCCCACCUGAAAGAUAUAAUGGCGAAGAGCCGAGAUUGGAACGAGCUGCAGUAUACCUGGCUCGAAUGGCGUCGUAAAUCUGGACGAAACAUGCGAGAUCUGUUCGAACAGCUCGUUGAUCUUACGAACGAUGCCGGACGUGUUAACAACUUUACCGAUGGAGCUGCCUAUUGGACGUUUCCGUACGAGUCGCGCAAUUUCCGUGAAGAAAUGGAACAAGUGUGGCGUGAGAUACUUCCCCUCUACGAAAUGAUCCACGCGUACGUGCGGCGUAAGUUGCGAGAAUUCUACGGUCCGGAUAAGAUCAACAAGAAUGCUCCACUGCCGGACCACAUACUUGGUGACAUGUACGGACAGAGCUGGCAAAACAUUCUGGACAUAGUCAUACCGUACCCUGGGCGCAGUUUUCUGGAGGUUACGCCCGAAAUGCAAAAGCAGGGCUACAAUCCACUGGUAAUGUUCCAGAUUGCGGAAGAAUUUUUUGUAUCGAUGAACAUGUCCGCCAUGCCGCCCGACUUCUGGGCGUCGUCCAUACUUACCCAACCGCCAGACCGGCCGAUCCUGUGUCAACCGUCCUCGUGGGACUUUUGCACCGGGAAGGAUUAUCGCGUCAAGAUGUGUACGCAGGUCACGCACAAGGAUUUCAUUACCGUUCAUCACGAGCUGGCGCACAUCCAGUACUUCCUGAACUAUCGCAACAAUCCGAAAGUGUUCCGCGAUGGAGCUAAUCCAGGUUUCCACGAAGCGAUCGGUGAUGCAAUUUCACUCUCCGUCGCCUCACCGAAGCACCUGCAAAAUCUGGGCCUCGUCCAGAAGUCCGUCGAUGAUACGGCGCACGACAUCAAUUUCCUGUUUUCGCUGGCAAUGGAAAAGGUGGUGUUUCUACCGUUUGCCCUCGCCCUUGAAGCGUGGCGGUAUGACGUCUUUAGCAAGCGCAUCCGAAAGGAGCAGUACAACUGCCACUGGUGGCUGCUGAGGGAGGAGUAUGGUGGUGUUAAGCCGCCGGUACUUAGGUCCGAACUUGACUUUGACCCUGGCGCAAAGUAUCACGUGGCAGCAAACAUCCCCUACAUCAAAUACUUUUUCUCCAACGUGCUGCAGUUCCAAAUUUAUCGAGCCCUGUGCACCGCCUCCGGUCAGUACGUGCCGCAGGAUCCCUCCAAACCGUUGCAUAAGUGUGACAUCUAUCGUCAACCGGCGGCCGGUAACAUUCUCAAAAAGCUGAUGGAACGCGGUACAUCGCAACCGUGGCAGCAGGUCCUGCAGGAGGUGAUCGGCGAAGGCCGGCUAGAUGGAUCGGCAUUGCGUGAGUUUUUCCGACCGCUCGAGGAAUGGCUGCGGAAUGAGAACCUGCGCAACAACGAGUACGUCGGUUGGAUCUACGACGGGGACUACUGCAAGCACAGCAUCGAGACAGCCAAUCUGCAAGUGUUCGGCGGGUUCUACAAUGUUGCGGUCGAGCUGCAGCUUACGAGCUGGCUGGUGCUUACGAUUUCCUGCCUGAUCAGUGCGCUGGUGCACCACCGUCAGCUGAGAUAGAUGUCAGACAGUGCACCCAGCAACCGAGGUGACAGCGGUGAACAUGAAGAAACAGUUCGCCGUGUAGUUUAGAUUUUUGUUACCAAGCUUGAAGUAGUGUUAAACAUAAGUUAAUAAAUAAUAAAAAACAAGCCUCCUCCUAGCUCCUCAGAACAACUCCAAACGAAAUUCGAACCAAAAUGACUCGUCAAGUUCAUUGUCGUGCAGGUCGCUGCAUCCAGGAAAUCGGAACUUACAGGGCCAGUCAACUUGCCCGUGCACUCGCGCGACCAUAGACGAGGGCCACAAUUUGCCUCAAUUGAGUUGAGCGGGUUAUGUUUUGUUUUCAUUCGGCGUGCUUGUCACGUCAGCUUCCUUAAGUGGGGAUUGCAGGGUACGAGCGAGGCGAGAUGAUGUUUGCAAUUGGAUGCUGUUGCAGCUGAGUUAGACGCAUGAUAUCGUGGGUUUUCUUUCGAGAUGUUGAAUCAUUUCGGUCACUUAAAAUAAGCUGAAGAGGAGAAGAUUUUGAUGAAGUGACGAGGAAUUUAGGUACAAACGAGAGUGGUUGGUGCAUCAAACAGUAAGUAUAUUAAUGAAAUUCUAUCACAUCACAUCGACGCAAUAAUAUCUAAGCCCUGUGUUUUGCUCCAAGCUAGUGUUGGGAGAUUCGGAACUCGGAUGAUUCGAAGAGCAAAUCUUUGGAAAGAUUCGAAGCGAACUGUAUGUUUAAUGACGGAUUCGAAACCGAUUUGAAUUGGAUAGGGAUUUUAAUCUGAUUCGGAUUUGAUUGAGAUUAGAUUAGGAUUCGAUUGGGAUUCGGUUGGGAUUCGAUUGGGAUUUGAUUGGGAUUCAAUUAGGAUUUGAAUUGGCUUUGAUUGGCUGAGAUUAUUUGCGAUUAAGAUUUGGUUGCAAUUUGAUUGGGAUUCGAUUGGGGUGCCAACUGAUAUUUUAUUAAGAAUCGAUUGGAUUUGCGUUGGGAUUCUAUUGUAAUUUGAUUAGGAUUCCAAUGGAUUUCGAUUGGGAUUUGAUUAAAAUUAGAUUGGGAUACGAUUAGGAUUCCAUUAAGUUUUGAUAGAGAUUGGGUAGAUGUGACUAGGUUGAAACAGUUCUAUUGUUUGCUUUCAUCAUGCUUUAUGGAAUUUUGAUUGAGGUUGAGUUGGCCAGCUGAGCCAAGUGUCAGCUCACCAAAAGGAGAAAUAAAGGGAUUUGGAUUGGAUUCAGAUAUUCGGAUCACUAUAGGACUAUCAUUCGAAGAUUCGAAACCCCACUAGGAUUCAUUUUGUCCAUCUCUACCUCAUACUCCGUUGCAUCCGUCCGCUUUGAUAAAUAUAGACUUCCAAAGGCCAGUUCACGGACUAACUCUUGCCCACUAAGGGCUUCAAACGCUACAAAUACACAACCACACAGACACAAACACACACACACACUUUCGCAAACAGGCUGACCUGCGUGCGUGACAUCGACCCAGCACUAAAACAACAUCCCUUUAACGGCCAACAGCAAACGGACAGCGGCCAAGAUCAAGUGCGCGCGUUCGCCUUAUGCGUUGACAAAUGCAAACCCCAAAUGCGUCCGACGGUCGGGGUUUGAAGGGACCGACCACCGGUCCCACAUCCGAGAAGGGUAGCGCUAAAUUGAAUUGAUCGUGCAUUUCAUCUCGUUACAAUUUCCGAGACAAGAUGAUGCUGGAUGAUCCUCGAGAUGCUGUUGGUUGCGACAAACGGUGAGCCAUCGGAAUCGGUACGCCGGAUCUGUCGCAAGCUAUCAGUGUUCCGUUGACUUCUGACCGAUGCGAAACGGGAUAAGAACGAGCGAGCGAGAGUUGUCGUAUUGUGGAUGCGUGUUGUUGCGGGAAGUGAAAGAAAACUUGUGAGAA